GCGAGAGUGGGGGCACGGGCUCAGCCCCGCCCCGCGCGCCCCCGCCGCGCGUUCCCUGUAAGCGGCAGAGGCAGCAGCAACACCAGCAGCAGCGGCUGCAGCCCCGGGCUGCCUCGGGCGGGGCCGGCUGGACCGAUAGACUGACAGAGGGCUCCGGGGGCGCGUGGCCCGCCCGGGCCGGCCAUGGAGGGAUCCUCAUUCGGCGCGGGCCGCGCGGGAGCUGCUCUGGACCCCGUGAGCUUCGCGCUGCGGCCCCAGACCCUGCUGAGGGUCGUGUCCUGGGUGUUUUCCAUCGCCGUUUUUGGACCCAUCGUCAACGAGGGCUACGUGAACUCCGACAGCGGCCCGGAGCUGCGCUGCGUCUUCAAUGGGAACGCGGGAGCUUGUCGCUUCGGCGUCGCGCUCGGCCUCGGGGCCUUCCUUGCUUGCGCUGCCUUCCUGCUGCUGGAUGUGCGCUUCCAGCAGAUCAGCAGCGUCCGCGACCGCCGCCGCGCGGUUCUGCUCGACCUGGGCUUUUCAGGGCUCUGGUCAUUCUUGUGGUUCGUGGGCUUCUGCUUCCUCACCAACCAGUGGCAGCGUACGGCGCCCGGACCAGGCACCACGCAGGCUGGAGAUGCAGCGCGGGCCGCCAUCGCCUUCAGCUUCUUCUCCAUUCUCAGCUGGGUGGCGCUCACCGUGAAGGCCCUGCAGCGGUUUCGCCUGGGCACCGACAUGUCGCUCUUUGCCACGGAACAGCUGGGCACUGGGGCGGGCCAGGCCUACCCUGGCUACCCAGUGGGGAGCGGCGUGGAGGGCACCGAGACCUACCAGAGCCCGCCCUUCACUGAGACCCUGGACACCAGCCCAAAAGGGUACCAGGUGCCUGCCUACUAGUGGCCAGUAGGCCCAGACCAGGGCUCAAAGGCUGCCACACCAAUGUAGGUCCCAGGGCUUCCUGGGACCUCCCUCAGGUCCUCCUGGCCCAGUGCGGGGAAUGGAAGGGUGGUCACUGUAGGACAUCUGGAGCCAAAAGAGGGUAGCCCCUAGGGUUCCUGGGCUGUAUCCCCCAAAUUAUCCCUAUAACUUUAGUCCCCAGCCCUAAGCCUGAGGUCUUGAGGAGGGUACAUCACAGCCCUGAACACAUGUCCUCCAGCCUCUAGUGGACCAGCCUUGGCAGGGGGCCAGUACCCUCAUGAGGUAGCCAUCUCCAGGCUCACCUGUCCACUCUGGGGUCGGGGAUCCAGCUGGUCUCCACAGCCAGGUGCAGGGGCUGUCCUGGAAAGAGAGCAGAUAUACUGCCCCCACCCCCAUGCCAUGGUGCAGGGAACGUGGCCACUGUUCCCCAUCCCGUGUCCCUGUGGGUUGUGACAGUCCUGGAUCCUGUCAUGGUGGGUCACCCUGUAGGGCCGUGUGCUCUGUCUGGAGUUUCCCUCUAUUCCUCGCACCUGCUUGCUAGAGUAGCCUGGCCCUGUCGAUGUUGUGAUUGUGGUCAAGUCUUGAGUUUUCACCUGGUAGUCCCCUCCAAACAGCCCCUCUGUCUGUGGCCCCUGCUCCAGCCCCUCCAUGCCUUGGUCCAGGCCUCUGACCAGGUGUGGGCAGUUCUGGUUAGGAAGGCACAGCAUAGCUGUAGGCCUGAGCACCAGUCCUCUUCCAGCCCUUCAGUAAGACCUUGCCCAGUGGAGGCUCGGGACACCUGUGUGCCUGGCAAGACAAGCCUCUCAUGAGGAGAGCAGCUCCAUCUGCCCACAGUGCCCCGGAGACAGCCAUUCUGUGCGAACCCCUUUACCUUGGCUUCCUGGACCAGUCAGCCCCUGAACUCCCCACCCUGCACCCUGUUUUAAGGCCCAGUCCGAGGUUGGGGUCCCUCUGCAUAGCUGACUACUCAUGCGUUGCUCCACGCUGGCUUUUCACAUUAUGUCAAUACCAAAUGCGGUUGCCACAUUUCAUUCUUGUAGACAGAUGCCUCCCUCUGGAGUUGCAGUUGAGUGACAACCCUGUACAUUGUAGCAUAGGUCAAUUAUGUGUUGGAUAUUUCAGUGAACAUGUUUACAAUUUUUGUAUAUAUGGAUCUCCCUCCCCCCUCUGAAAGAACAAUCCGUGAUUGUGUAAUUUCAGUGUCCCAUGUUCCAGCUGCAACUUCUUUAUAAUAAAGACUGUAAAUGAGUUUACUGUGGCCCAGA